AGGAGGAGAGAGGAAGUUCUCACAAACUUUUUUCCCCCCGAAACGAUUCUGGAGAAGCUCCGUUAGUUUUUUAGGAUCGCGGGGGAAACGCAGGGAAGAAAGCGGCGUCUUAUUCACCCCUUAAAACUGCGUUUAACCAGCAACUCGGUCCCUCGCAUGAAAGCCGAGAGCGAAAAGAGUUCGUCCCGAGUAGUUCGCUCCUUCGCCGGCUGAGAGCACUUCCACCAUCAGGGGCGAUGCGAUGUGACUGAGCUAUGCCUUGUGGAAAUGGACAGACUUUAUCCAAGCGAAAACAUGGCGUCUGCGUCCCGGGAUUCCGCUUCUUCUACGCUGUGCUCGUGGCGCUGUGCUGCCUGGGGGGGGCAUGGGGCUCCGGGCCGCAGGGGGACGGCGGCAGGAGCUGCUCCCCCUGCCCCGUCAACUGCAGCUGCGCGCCGGGGGGGCCACAGGCGUCCUGCGUCGUCAAUUGCUCCAACGUCGGGCUGGAGAGGGCCCCCGCGGCGGCAGACGUCCCGCAGGCCACCGGCGUGCUAGAUCUUUCCAAGAACCACAUCUCCUCUCUUGAUACCAGCCUGCUGGACCGUCUCACUGCCCUCCGAGAGCUAUAUCUUCAAGGCAACAGGAUCAAUGUUCUCCCGAGAGGACUUUUCUGCUGCGGCCAACUGUCAACUCUUGAUUUGAGCAACAACCUCAUCACCACAAUAGACGAGAGAAUAUACGACAACCUCUGCAAUUUAACUCAAAUCGACCUGAGCAGUAACCCCUUUGACUGUGACUGCCAGUUGGUCCGGCUGGUCAGCUGGCUCCAGGAGAAAGGGCUGCGAGUCCGUCGAGCGGAGGACAUGUUGUGCAGGCAGCCUCCUGAGCUGCUUGGCCAGCCCCUGCUCAACGUCAGCCUGCUCACCUGCGGUCUCAACUAUGCCGCUUGCCUUGAGGACAGCAGCAGCGGCGGCGGCGGCGGCGGGGGGGGGGGAGGAGGAGGAGGCGGACGGAGUGAGCUUGUUAUCUUCUCUUCCUCCACACCUGGAAACUUCACGCGCCAGCAGUGUAACAGCGUGUGUUUCGCCGCGCUGCACCGCUAUGGGGGGCUGGGGGCGAGGCACGAGUGCCUCUGCAGCACAAACUCUGAGCCAAACUUCAUCAGCAAAGCUCGCUGCUCGGCUGCCUGUACGAACCCCCACGUCAUGAAGGAAUGCGGGUGGACUCUGGCUGAGGACGUGUUUGCGGUGGACUUCGUUGUGUCACUGAAGCCUCUCACGCUGCAAAGUGUCCACGACAGUGUCCGUUUCUCUGCCGCGUCCUCGGUCACUCCGGUGACCCUGUCCUGGGACUUUGAUGACCUUUCGCCCCGAGUCAACGCAACAGAAACAGGGUGCACCACAGCAACUCACAAGUAUGGACUCCCGGGACAUUAUGCGGUCAGUUUGAUGGCUUGGGCUGGACACAAGGAGGUGCGUGCAGCACGCGGAGGAGUCACCGUGACACUUCCUCCCAAACUGGAGCUGCACUGUCCACCUCUCGCUGUGGCCAAUAUGAGCCUGGACAUCACACUGGUCAGCUGGGGUGCUGAUGGCUUGAAUGUUGAUUGGAAGAUUUCAAAGGAUGGUGUUGAGGUUGCCAAAGCUUGCCCUCACUUCCCAAACAACGGGGUGUGCGACGCCGAGUCCUCUCGCUGCUUCCAGGUCGUCUCGGGCGAGUUCAGCUGGACGGACGCUCGGCGCUCGUGCUCCGACUGCGGCGGGAAUCUGGCGAUAGUCAGGAGCGACGCGCUGCGUAACCUGCUGGCGCCCAAGGUCAACACGCAGGAGCGAGGUGCGUGGCUCGGCUUCAGUGACGUCGACUCUCCGGGGAAGCUGCGCUGGAUGGACGGCUCAGAUGCUCAGGAGGGGGAGGAGGGCCCCCCACCUCGUUUCUCCAUCGCCCGUGGGAACGUGUGCGUGUCCCUCGAUAAGUCGGCUCAGACCAGUCCGCACCCAUGCAACGCCAAGCGGGCCUAUGUGUGCCAGUACAACGCCCAAGUGCGGGUUCCAGAUGCAGGGAUUUACACUUUGGGCCUGACUGUGUUUCCUUCCCAUAAUCCUUUGCACCGCGCCCCGUCCGCUGCGAUCUCCACUCCACAACCUCCCACAGGUGGCAUAGAGGUGUUGUUGUUCCCAGCUCUGAGCUUCGUUCAUGCAGGACGUCUGUCCUCCCUGGAGUUCGUCGCUCUGGAGCAGCGUUCACAAAUCCACGUCCGGUUCCAGACCUACAGACCCUACUGCCAUUAUCCCGGCCUGCACUUGCUGCUUCCCAGUUGUGGAGGUCCCGUGUGUGCCCCGGUGGCAGUUUGUGUCCCCAAUGUCACCCGGAGCGGGGGUCCGCCCUCUUGCCCCCGGCUACAGCAGUGGUGUCCCUUCCAGCGUCGCUGCCUCCGCCUCCUCAGUCCCUGCCCCCCGGCGGCCUGUCCUAACUGCACACAGGCUCACCUCCUGCCCCCCGGGGCCCGCAGGCCCAGGUACACCCUGCAGAAUGAGGUGGUCUUCUCUCUACCAGCAGGACCAGCUGCACACAUACUGGUACAAGAACAACUGGAGGACCUGUUGGUUUCCCCUGGUGACAUCAUCUCCCUGCAGCACGAUGCUGGGCCCGCCUCCCUUCUCCACUGCAAAUCUUCCCCACAUUCAAUGUGGCGACAACCCGUCUUUGCCCUCAACCAGUCAGAGUGGUUCUGGAUCAACAACACCGCGCAGCCAGUGGAUACCAUGGCUGACCACGACGCCGACCUUCAGCCUUCCCCUGCGCUCGACCUGAAGAGCCUGGUGGAGGAUGGCGAGGGCGUCUGGCUGGAGGACGUCGUGUGUCCCGUCCGGGUGCUCUAUGUGGGGCACAGUGAGACUCAGCUCCUGGGAGUACAGGUGUCUGCUGCCCUGCAGCAGCCCGGACUCUACAGCCUGCUGGUGACUUCAGCUGAACCAUCAUACCCAGCCUCGGCAUCAUGCCCAUUGCGAGUGGUGCCUCCUCUGGGUUUGACCGUCCUUCACCCCCAUCCACAGAAUGGCACCAUCUACCUGCAGCCCGGCUCCACCAAGCUGCUCCUCCGGGUCCGCUCGAGCUACCCCACCAAGGCUUGGCGGCCUGGCAGUAAUCACAGCGUGACCUUCCAGCCUGAAUGUCCGCAAGACUUUCCCGCUAGUCCAGAACUCUGUCAGCCAGGGGCGGGGUCAGAGGUCACAGAGCCCAGCAUGUACGCGGUGCUGGAUCUAAGCUUAAGUACGGAGGAGCAGAGAAGUCCAGUGACGGUGGUUCUGGAGGCCCACAAUAACGUGACGGAGGCCAGCCUGUCCGUGGUGGUGCAGGUGGAAGAGCCGCUCAGAGUGCUGGUGGUGCAGCCGCAUCCUGCACACAGGGUGUUGAUGGAGUCCGUUGUGAGCUACACAGCAUCAGUGCAGGAAGGCUCCAAACCCACGUUUAAAUGGACAGUGGAUGACAAGCCAUACUUCACCUACUAUAACACCGUCCUCAAUGUCAUCUACCAGCAAGCUGCCACCUACAAGCUCACUGUGGCGGCCAUGAACCACGUCAGCGCGCUCACGGAGCAUUUCAACGUGACUGUGGACCGGCUGCAGCCCAUGGCCAACGUCACAGUGAAGGGUGUUCCAGAUGUUGUCCCUCAGCGCUCCACUCAGACUCUCACCACCUCUGUUCUUGUGGACAUGUCUGUGGCCGCCACUUUCCGAUGGUCUUUUGGUGACGGCGGCUAUAAGGAAUUUGAAUACAAGCCUCCUUAUGCCCCUUCCCUCCUCUGCCCAGACUCCCCCAAUCAGGUGCUUCUAAGCAACAACGUCACCUACAUUUACUCGCAGCCAGGAAUAUACACAGCUUUGGUGUCAGUGUCCAAUCAUUAUGAGAACAUCAGUCAGAGCAUCAACAUGAGCGUCUACAGCAUCAUCACUCGUGUCGACAUACAAACAGAGCCCCUACUUCUCCUCACUGGCAAAUCAGCCGAUUUUGAGGCUCACCCUCUGCCCUCUCCAUACGGCAUUCACUAUGACUGGCACUUUGGAGAUGGUUCCUGCCUGCUGCAAGGUCGCCGCGUGGCACACACCUUUGCGCAGAGUGGCGUCUUUAACGUCUGCGUACAUGUCAACAACACUAUCAGUUCAAUGGACGCUUGUGCGGAGAUGUUUGUGUACGAGGAGAUUGGAGAUUUAACAGCUGAAAGCUCUUCUCCCACAGAGCUUCACAGUCCUACUACGGUACGGGCCCGCCUUGGACUAGGUAACAACGUCACAUGGACAUUCUCAAUGGGAGAUGGGACCGUCUACACACUAUCCGAACCUGCGGUGUCACACAGUUACAUCAAAGAUGGCAACUACACAGUGAAUGUAACAGCCGCCAACGCUGUGAGCUCCGGCUGGACCGCCCUCCCAGUGCAGGUGUUCGUGUUCCAAGUUGUGAAACUGGAGCCGAGCGGUUGCGUCCAAGAGCAGACCCCCGUCAACUUUCAGGCGUGGGUGUCCGGUAACGCGUCAGCUCACCUUUAUGAAUGGAGCUUUGGGGACGCAACCCCAAACGAGACGCACCAGGGCGACCCCAGGGUCUCGCACACGUACCGCGGCAGUGGGAACUACCACCUCUCGCUGCUUCUUUCGAGCGGGUUGAACAAGGCCACCAAGGCAAGCUUCUUCGACUGGGUGUGUGUGCAGCCAGCGUUGACUAACAUCAGCCUCACCCUGGAGAAAUACCACUACGCUGUUGGGGAUGAGAUCCAUCUCCAGGCCAGAGCCCAGCCGGAGUUUAACUACAGCUAUGAGUGGGACUUUGGUAGAGGGGAAGACGCUGGGCUUGUAGGUGGCUCUGGGGAUGUCCGGACCACGUAUAAGAACCCCGGCCAUUACAGUGUCACAGUCAUUGCCUUCAAUAACAUAUCCACUAUUAACACCAGUGUUUUGAUUGAGGUUUUGAUGCCCGUAGGUCCCAUUGUCAUUCAACACAAUGGCACCAAAUACAAUAACCUGACCCUCAAAGCACCAUACUCUUUCUCAACAUCCUCCAUGGCCUACAACGUUACUUAUGUCUGGAGCUUUGGAGAUGGGACUGUGCUCACGGGCCAGAGUAUCCUGCAUAACUUCAACAUGUCUGGACACUACAAUAUAACACUAACAGCAGCCAACACAGUGAGCAGAAAUCACACCACUUUACCGGUUACUGUGCUCGCACCAAUCACCGGUUUGACUGUCAACGCCAGCUUGGUAAAUGUCCCUCUCAAUGCCCUGGUCGACUUUGAGGCCCAAAUGGAGGAGGGAGAUGACGUCCGGUUUUCUUGGAAUUUGUGUGACCGCUGCACCCCAAUCCAGGAGAAACACACCAUGUUCUACACUUUCCGCUCCGUCGGCACGUUCAACAUCAUUGUGACAGCGGAGAACGACGUGGGAAUGACACAAGCAAGCGUCUUCCUGUAUGUCCAACGGGAGCUGGAGGGGCUGCAGAUUUUAGCAGAGGACGAGAUCAGAGGCGCAGGAUCGGACGCUUGCUGCUUUGCUACAAACCGCGUUCUCCACCUUCACGCAGGGUUAAAGGAAGGAACCAACAUGACGUUCACCUGGAGCCUCAUCAAAAAGCCGGACCCCGAAAGUUUCAACGUAAGCGGGAAGACGGUGGAGGUGAAUUUCUCCACGCCAGGCUCAUGUGAUAUAAUUCUCUGGGCCGCCAACCUCCUGGGUCAGCUGUCGGUCACCAGACGCGUCCGCUUUCUGGAACCAGCCGGAGGGGUGGACCUGCUGGUCAGCGACACCCCGGUUGCGGUCAAUGCUUCGACCAAUCUGACGGUGUUGAGUCUUGAAGGCUCUGACCUGCAGUACCGCUGGUCUGUGAAUGGAGACCCUCUGGAGUGGAACAGUCCCCAGAAGAGCCACACCUUCAUCAGUCCUGGCCUCAAGCUCGUUACUGUGGAAGUCUUCAACGAGGUCAGCUCAAGGGUUGAGUCAAAGAUGGUCAGUGUCCAGGAAGUCAUCUCCGGACUAAGAUUCAACGCCACCAACGCGACGGAGCAGAGUUACGUAGCAACGGGCGACAGCGUCUCGCUGCAGGGGGACGUGCGGACGGGAACCAACGUCACGUGGACCUGGCAGUUCAAAGGGACAACACAAACGGGAAGGAAUACUUCCGUUAUUUUCCAAGAGGCGAAAACCGCCGUCGUUACUGUGAACGCGACCAACGGCGUCAACGGCCAAGUGGUGUCCAGAGAGUUCUUCGUUCAGGACCGGAUCAAGGGGCUGGAGCUGAGGGCGAGUAAGAAACUUGCAGCGGUCGGCGAGAAGGUGAACUUAACCGUAUUGAUGGCAGCGGGCUCCAACGUUCGCUUGAUACUGACCAUCAGCGGAGAGACCACCGUGAUGCUUGAACCCAACCAAACCUACGGCCACACCUUCACCCGGGUGGCCACGCACAUGGUGAACCUCACCGCUCACAACCAGGUGAGUUCCGUUAAGUGGCACCUCCAAGUAGAGGUGAUGGAGCCGGUGCAGGGACUUUCCAUCCAGGGAAGCUGUGCCGCGAUCCCUGUGGGGGUCAGGAGAUCGUUUGCAGCCAACAUCCUGACAGGCAAGCCUGUUCAGUUCUUGUGGACUUUUGACCUUCACCACCACAUGACGUAUCAUAUGGCCAAAGAGGUGUUCUACACGCCGGAAGAACCAGGUUUAUUGACCAUCUACCUGAAGGUCCUCAACGCACUACAUUCUCAGAACGUCACAAAGUACAUCGUGGUGCAGCACCAGCUGUCAGCAGCUGUUCUGCACGCAGCGCCCGUGGACACCUUCAUCAAUAAGACGGUGACCCUGACUGCGAACAUCACUCCCAGAUCUAAUCCCGUGGCGUGCUUGUGGGACUUUGGCGACGGCUCUACUCCUGUUACCACGAACGCCACCACUGUGGGUUACGAGUACAGCCACCCAGGGCAAUACUCGGUCCAAGUGAACUGCAGUAACCUGGUGAGCUGGGUUCUGGCCCAGGUGGAGAUAAACAUCAGCGUCUUGGAGUGUGAGGAGCCAGAAGUGCAGGUGGUUCAAGCCCCCCGUCUGGCCAUCUGGCGCUCCCAGCCCACUUUAGUGGAAGCUAGUGUGGACUUGAAAGGCUGCCUUCACUACGGCGCUCAGUACCUCUGGCAGGUACUUGCGACUCCCUCCUGUGAUAAUGACAAAGGGCCCAGUACUCGGUCCUUGCUGGUCCCUGUAGUCCGCCUGCCGGCGGAGGUCGAUGUGCGGCGGCUGCAGCUGUCGCUGCCUAAGAUGGCUCUCGCUGCAGGGAACUACUCACUGGUGUUUUCCAUGUCCUACGACGGCGUACCGCUAUGGAAGGCCGCCUGUCUGCAGCUCAGCGUCAUGGCAACCAGUCUGAUGCCCAUCAUAGAGGGGGGUACGUACCGGGUGUGGUCAAGGACUCAGGACCUGAAGCUCAGCGCUGUGCAGUCCUACGACCCCAACAUGGACCCAGACCGCCAGUCACUCCUCCACUACCACUGGGAGUGUCAGAGCACCUCCAAGGGCGCGGAGCACUGCUCCAGUCUGAACUUCGGCCUGGGAACCAGUGACCCGGUGCUGGGAAUCUCCGGCGCCGAGCUGGAGGCGGGCGUGGAGUACACUUUCAGACUGACCAUCAGCAAAGACGGGAUGCCACCAGGGUCGACCACGCAGACUGUGCUUGUGAAGAGCGGCCAUAUUCCCAUGGUGUCUCUGGAGUGCGUGUCCUGUAAGGCGCAGUCCUUCUACGAGGUCAGCCAGAAUUCAUAUGUCUACCUCAAAGGAACUUGCGAAAACUGCCAUGGCUUUCAUCGGGGGCGCUGGAGUGCCAUGACGCUGGAGAACCAGACUCUGGUCCUGGACUCCUCCUCCACCACCACGGAGAGCGACGGCAUGGACCUGGUGCUGCGGCAGGGCGUGCUUCUCAACGGGGAAUCCUACAACUUCACUCUGCAUGUGACCGACGAAAGUCUGGACGGCGCCGGCGCCGCCUCCAUCACUCUGCACAGCAACAUGCCGCCGGCCGGUGGGGAGUGUCACCUGAGAGGGGGGGGGGAGGCGGGAAUGGAGUACGGGAAAGAUGGCGAAGGCUGGAGGAUCCGCACCCUGGUGGACCGGGUUCACUUUAACUGCUCAGGUUACAGUGACCAUGGAGUCUCAGAGACUCCUCUGCUCUACAGUUUGUUGGUGACGCGUUGCAGGGACGACUACUGCGAGGACUUCUGUGUGUACAGAGGCAGCAGCCCGGAGCACUCGGCCUUCCUGCCCCCUGGUUUCAGCUCAGUCCAAAAUCGGGUGGCGGUGUCCAUCAGGGUGGAGGACCACCAGGGAGCAGCCAUCACUGCACUUAACAAGUCCAUUGAGGUGGUGCUGCCAGAGGCGCCACCUGAGUACAAGAGCCUUCCCCAUUGGCUGUCUGAGCUGACCGACAGCAGGCUCAAAAAGCUGUUGGAGCAGGGAGACUCCCAGAGGGUCCGAGAGUUAUCCUUGGCUCUUAUCACAGUGCUUAAUGAGUAUGAGCAGACCAGGAACUCCAAAAACGAGCGCGGGUACCGAGUCCGAAUCCGCAGCAACAUCACCAGAGCGCUGACCGCUCUGGACCUGAUCACCGUCAAUGACAUCCAGCAGACGUCCGCCGCUUUGGCUCAGUGCACGGCGAUGAGUCGAGAAUUCAUAUGUGAGGAAUGUCAGAACAGCACCUUGAACAAGCUGGAGUCCAUGCUGGAGAUUCUGCAAACUGACACCAAGCAGGGCACCGUCACUCCCACCGAGAUAGCUGACAACAUCCUGAACAUCAUGGGUGAUUUAAUCCAUCAGGUCGGCCAGUCCACGUCCCAGUCUUACCUCCAGCUGGCCUACUUGAAUUCACCCUCACAUCCCCCAGCUGCCGCCUCUGGGGAUGAGCAAGGAGCCCCCCCUUUAGAACCCUCGCCCCCGUCGCGAGUGGCGGCCAAAGCGUACAGCCUGUCCUCGGUCCUCAUGCGCAUCCUGAUGCAUGGCCGCGUGCUCAACGAGGAGCCGCUCGUGCUGAGGGGGGCUGAGAUUGCUGCCACAGGGAAACUGGCGGACCCCCAGAGUCUACUCUGCUACCAUGACAACAACAGUCCAGAGUGCGAACGGUUCUCCAUCCCUCGAGCCUUCAACUACAGCCUCGGUAGAGCUGCAGCAGGAAACAGCAUUAUGCAGCUUCUGUUUCAGGUGGAGUCAAAUCCAUUCCCCUUCAACUUUGUGGCCAACUACAGCGUCUCUACCGAGGUGGCAUCCAUGGAGUUCCACACUGAAAAUGGCACUCAGAUUCCCAUCUCCGGCCUGGACGAUAGUCUGGCCAUCACUGUUGCUGUUAACAACGGAAGCGGUGGAGGAGAAGCAGAUCUUGUGGGUUCUGGUACCAGAGGAAUCCCCACAGCCGAAGCUAACAUCAGCCAUUGUGACUCCGUCAUUGUCAAAGUCAGCACGGGAAACACCAACAGGGAGGCAGGGAUGUUUGUGCAGCUCAACUUCACCAGUCUGCAGGAUGCGCGACAGAAGAAUAAAAGAGAGGAGGAGCCAUACGUCACAGCCUACCUUCAUUCUCAUGAAAGACCCAACGAGUUCAACUGCACAGACAAAAAACGCAUCACACUGGGGAUGACCAGGGGGCCAGAUCUCGACCACAGGAAGUACACCUUCUUCCUGUCGCCAGAGUCGUACGACACCACGCUGGACUACUUCAUCAACGUGAGCACGGCCUGCGGCCCCAGCUCGCCGCCUGCGGGGGUUCGUCUGGAGGUCGGGGUGUUUGCUUCCUUGUGUCAGUACUUCAGUGAGAGUGAGAAGCAGUGGCGGACAGAUGGCAUGGUGCCCCUGGCACAAACCAAUGCCAGCAGAGCAGUUUGUCGCACCAGGCACCUCACGGCCUUCGCCGCAGGCCUGUUUGUACCCGCCGACGCCAUCAGCUUCAAAGUGCCGGAGCGCUCUGGUGCACCCAGUCUGGUGGUGCUCUUGGUGUGUGUGUUGGGCUUACUGAGCUAUGUGGUGGCAGCAGCCCUCUUGCACAAGUUGGACCAGCUGGAUCUACGCCGGGCUGGCGUGGUUCCACUCUGUGGCCAAGACGGACUCUUCAAGUACGAGGUCCAGAUCAAGACCGGCUGGAGCCGGGGGGCAGGCACCACGGCUCAUGUGGGGGUCGGGUUGUAUGGACGCGAGAGCCGCAGUGGGCACCGCCAUCUGGACAGCAGAGGAGCUUUCACGCGCAACGCUCUCGACAUCUUUCACAUCGCCACAGAUUCCAGCCUGGGCACUAUCUGGAAAAUAAGAAUUUGGCAUGACAACAAAGGUCUGUCUCCAGCAUGGAUGCUACAGUACGUCUUGGUCAAAGACUUACAGACAGGAAGCAGCUCAUACUUCCUGGUCGACGAGUGGCUGUCUGUCGACAACGAGAGAACUGACGGGCAGGUGGAGAUUGAGGUGGAGGCCUCAGAGGAGGCUGUGCUUCGCCAGCUGCCCCGCCGCCUGCAGUGUGAGCUUCAGAGGGCGCUGUGCGAGAGUCACCUGUGGCUGUCGCUGUGGGAGAGACCCCCCCGCAGCCCCUUUACCCGCCUGCAGAGAGCUACGUGCUGCGCGCUGUUGCUGCAGCUCAUCGUGUUGGCCAACGCGCUGUGGUACAGCAUUGUGGUGGACGAGAGACGCAGCGCGUGGGCCGUGUCGAGGUUUUCUUCGUUGAAUGGGGAGACGGUGGCAGCAGGCGUGGUGACCUGUCUCAUCGUCUACCCUCUCUACCUGUUCGUCUUCACGCUCUUCAGAAUGAGUCGCAGCAAGUGCGUGUCUGUGGAGCCGGCGCCACAACAAGUGGACCAGGAGUCGGUGGAGAUUGACGACUUCCUAGAUGACUCCAUUGCUGGAAGUUCUUUCCUCUUUUUUAAUGGCGAGAGCAACUCGGAGGAAACCAACAUGGAUCUGCCCACUCCAUCAACCAAAAGUGGCGAGAGUUGGGGCAUCGCAGAGGAUGAGAUGGAGGAUGGGGAUUGGCCGGAGCUCUUGAGUGACACGUCAGUGGUGGGAGGGGCGGGGCAUGGAGCAGGGCUGCCCAGGCUGAAGAGGGGUCAGGGGAGCAGGCACCUGGGGGUCGACAUGACCUUUAACCCUGACGACGAGGGGACUGACCAAGGUGACAAAUAUUUCACCUCCUCAGACGAGGAUCUGAUCAAACACAUCCUGGCAGAUGGACAAAACUUCUUUCCUCAGACGGAUGAAAGUGAAAUGGCUGACUUGUUGAGCAUCCUAGGAGAUAAGACCGAGGUCAUUCUCCGCCAGCAGCUGAAUGAGCCUCUUCCUCUGGAUCCUGUGAGAAGAGAUCCACCAAAAAGGGCUUUCGUCUCAAAUACAGUUGUCACAGACGUCUGUCGCCCCCGGAGGUUCCCUCCCUGGUGUGGGCGGGCCGCCCUGUGGGGCAGCUGGGCGGCGAUCGCUGUGGCGAAUGGCUGCUCCAUUUGGGCGGGUCACGGGUUCAGUCCGAACGUAGCCAUGAUGUGGCUCAUCUCCUGUUCUGCCAGUUUCCUGUGUUCCUGCCUGGUGGUGGAGCCUGCUAAGGUGGCGUGUGAGGCCGUGUACUAUGCAGUGUUUGUGCUCCGUCUGCGGCCAGAAGACCAGGACGUGCUGGUGGAGUUCCCCCGGCUGGAGAGGGUGGUCCAACGGGUCGCCAGGGUGAGUCCACCUCAGGGCUUUGCUCUGUCUCAGGCUCGGCACCAGGCCCGCAAGGUCACCAUGCUGCACACCAUGCUGAAGAAUUUCCUGGUUUACAUGUUUUUCCUGUUGGUGGUUUUGCUGCUGAACUACUCUGACUCGGCCAAAGACACACACAGCCUGAGACUGCGCACUCAGCUGCAACGAGCACUGCACACACCUGUGUACCACAACGUCAGCAGCCGGGCCGAUGCGCUGAUGUGGCUGAACGAGUCACUGUUGCCACGGUUACUGGAUGACUCCGCCCUCUUGAGAAGCACAGGGAGCGUUUUGCUCGGCACCCUGCGGCUCCGCCAAAUCCGGGACACGCAGGGUUGUCUGAGUGCAGGGGGCAGUAUUUUGGGGAAGCGUCGGAUCACUCCGACCAAAGAUGCUGAGAGUUAUGCUGCUUUGGGAAGUAACACCACAAACAGGGCCACGAUGAGGAUGUGUAACAGCGGAGAUGUGAUCCAUCAGUUGAACAGAAGCCUGGCGGAGGCCUCCUCCUCUUUACAGCAGCUGCAGACGCUGCACUGGCUCGACUACAGGACCCGGGCCGUGUUUGUCGAGUUCUCGCUCUACAACAUCAACACAAACCUCCUCGCGGUUUUCUCCUUCCUGAUUGAGUUUCCAGUUUCUGAGCGUGCCCAGUCCAGCCUUGACCUCCUAGUCAUCACUCUGUGGCCAAUCACAGGCCUGGAUUUGCAGCUCCUUCUCAUGGUGGUCCUCGUUGGCUUGGUGUUGUAUUUCCUGCUGCGGGGAGUCUUGGGCUUCCUCAGAGAAGGUUACGUGUACUUGCUCUCCACCUGGAGACUCUUGGGCAUCUGCAAACUGGUUUUGGCAGCGUGUGUUUGUGGGCUGCACCUGAGUCGCUGCGCCAUGGCCACGCAGCAGUGGGCGUCGUACCUGAGGAGCCCCCGGGGUGCCUUCACAGACUUCCACCCCGUGGCCAGACAGAGUCAGAUGUACACAGCCACGUCCGCCCUGCUGCUGUUCAUACUGGUGCUCAAGGCGUCCCACCAGCUGCGGUUUCUCAGAGAGUGGGCCGUGUUCGGCAGAGCUCUGCGCUGCUCAGUCUGGGAGCUGCUGGGAGUCGCCCUGGCGUUUCUGCUGCUGGUGCUGGCGUACUCGCACACAGGACACCUGCUCUUGCACUCCGUGUACGACGGCUACGGCAGCGUGAGCUCCGCCUGCCGCUCUCUGUUGGGCGCAGGUGGGCGUGGCCUACUGACGUGGCGUCCCAGCUGGACGGUUGCGGGUCCCUCUAGCCCCGUCUCGGCGCUGGUUUUCCACGCGAGCUUUGCUGUUCUCCGGCUGUUGCUGCUGUGGUUUGUCGCCUGUGUGUUGCUGAGGAACUACCGGCGCGCUCGGGCAGAGCUGUACCGCCCCGCUGUGGAUCUCCAAGACUACGAGAUGGUUGAGCUGUUUCUCAGACGGCUCAAAAUGUGGAUGGGACUCAGCCGGGCCAAGGAGUUUCGUCAUAAGGUGCGUUUCGAGGGCAUGGAGCUGCCACCGUCCCGUUCGUCCUCCACCAGCGACUGUAAGUCCCUGUGCUUGCCACCGCUGGACGGCCCCGACUCGUCUCCCACCCCGGACAGCGUUGAUGCGGGUUCCGAGGCCUCGUGGCGCCCCGCCUCCUCCAGCCCCUGCAGCCUGACGGAAGCCCCGGGGAUCGGCCUGGGACUCGGCCUGGGCCUGGGUUUGGGUCUGGGCCCGGGAGUGGUGAUGGGAAGCACCAGCUGGAGGGAGAGAACAGAGACCGAAGCCUCUCUGAGGAGGCUCCUCCCCACGCUGGAAGCCCUGCUGCAGCAGCUUGACCGCGUCACAAUGGCGACGGAGGAUCUGUACCACAUUGAGUGCAGAAUGGAGCGAAGCCAGAGGCAAAGGAAACCGAGAGAGAGAGCAGGCGCUGUUGGUAAGGGAGGCAGGAGAGAGGCAGGGCAGAGAGGAACAGGUGAGAUCAAGGACCUCGUUGGAUGGAGAGAACCAAAGAUUGGAAAGGAAAAGCACAAAGGGAGCAAGAAGGGGAAAAAGAAGGACAAAAUGCAAAAGGACUGUGGAAACCCCAAAAAGACUCCAGUAGACACACCCGUUCCUCCUCUAAAGGCCAGACCAGUCUCUGCCGCCACACAUAGGCCCGCUGUUCACUCUCCAACCAAAGCUUCAGCCAGUGCACCUCCACCUGCCUCUGAGGCCUCCUCCCUCCCCGUCUCAUCAGCAAACGCUGCCCCUUCCCAUGUCCCGCUGUCCAAAACACCCUCUGCACCUCCGUGUACCCCGGCACCUACCCCUCCCUCGCCAUCUACUCGUGCACCCAGUGGCCGGGACUGGGACCCCCCCACGGAGCGAGAGACCCUCCCCUCCUCAAGCCUGUUCAACCACCCAGCUCACACCACCACCAUUCCAACACGCAAGCGAAAGCGCAAACCUCCACCCCUCAAAAACAAGGUGCACCCCAACCUAGACAGGCAUGGCCCUGGACACCCCAAAUCCUGAGGACUCGUAGAGGGACAACCAGAAGAGUAAAGGUUUUGGAUAAGAGGAGGACGGAGGCCCCCGAGUGCUCCCUCCCUAAACCCUGGUCUAAUCAGAGAGAAAGUAGUGGAUGGGAACAAAUAGGACAUAGAAUAAGAAUCAGAGAGUUUGGGGCAAUGAAAGAUGAGGUGAGAGCAAUCAACUAAGAUGUUGCAGAUUUAUAAAAUCUGUGAUCGGUUCAGGUCACUCUUCAGAAAGCGGGUGCAGGUCACCAGACGCUAAACGAGCUGGUUUAGUCAGCCAUGUAAAGGUCAACAUUGAAACCAGGAAACACACCAUAGCUUAUUUUCACCGGACUCAAACUGAUCCCAGCUGGCCCUGGAGGUCACGUGGGGUCGCUGACAGGAGCACACGAGCGUGCUGACCUGAGGAUUCAACCAACUGAAAGCAGACAAACAGACGUUUUGUGAUUUCUCAGUUAUGUUGUCCUUAUACAUUUGUGUUGUAUAUAUUGAUCACUAUGGGUAAUUGUGGCCUGUUUGAAGUUCUUCUUUUUAUGAAUCACAAUUUGCAUGCAGGCACACACAGAUGUACGCACAUGCAGGUAAACACAUGCAUGGAAAUAACACUGUACGCACAGAACCGCUAAGUGUCAUGUGCCGCACACUGCAGAGGGACACGACAAUCAGGCAAACACACACACACACACACAGACGGUUGUUGGGUUCCCAGCGGCCAGUGUUUCAGGGUGCAGAUGUAACCGUUCCCUCCAUGCUGCAGAAGUAGAGAAAAUGAAAAGAUACCUGGAAGCCAAGAACAGCUACAGGAAGUUGGAGUUGGUGCAGCAGCAAGAAGUUGUGUUACUUAGAGUACUGCGCUUUUACACAAGUUCCCCCAUUAUAAGGCUGUGCUGAAUUCUAGUCUGAAGAGCUUUUCUGUUAUUUAAAAGCACUUUGUACAGACGUAGGUUUUUUUUGUUUUGAUGGGUUAAGUAAUAAGUUGAUAUUCAAACCAAUAGAGAAAGCUUUACUCAUAGUGUCCAAAGCGUACGAGUCGUGUAUACAUUCAUUGUUUUACCAUACCAAGUUAUUCAUUUUGUACUUAGCACUUUACUUCCUAAUGGAGCUGUUAACACAUUAAAGAAAUGUUCUAGAGUGUUAUUGAGCUGUUAAAACUAAAGCUAGCAGUUGUCUUUGUAGUUUUGUAAUCUGAAUUUUUUUGUCAAAUCCUUAUUUUGAAAAAAUGUACUUUGUUUGUCCAGUGGGCAGGUCUCAGGGAACCCCCCCCCCCCAACAGAAAACCAGUAAAAACUCAAACUGGGGGGAAAGUGUUUUCAAUGAUCUAAAGAAAUGAUAUGAUUGUCAUGCCAGUAUGUUGUUAGACUUAAUUUCCCUAUUCUCUUAGCCCUGUUUGGUUGUUUUUUUAUAUAUUAAAAGGGGGGAGGUACGGACAUGCGGGUCACUUCUAACCAAACCCCACCGUUACACAGAACAAUGAAAGCACCCAAAAUGUAUUUUAAUUAGGGCCGGGACUCGAUUAAAAAUAUUAAUCGAAUUAGUUAGAGGCUUUGUAAUUAAUGAAUUGAAAUUAAUCGCAUUUUAAUUGCAUAAAUAUUUGAUCUGAGAACAGUGAAGUAAUUUUUUUCACAUGGAUUUUUAUUUUUGUUCAACCAAUUCCAGCAGACAAGUGUAGAAAUAGCAUAUUUAGAAAUAUAGUACUUUCCUGAUCCACAUUUGGGAUUUGAUUCUCUCUCCUCAAGGUGCCGUGUGUUUAUUUCUUCCGGGAUUUAUUCUCCACUCAGCUGAGGAGGACCCUCAGACUGGUUUAGCUCCAUAGGGGAGUCGGUAUGGAUCCUCUCAAUUCACACGCGGGCAUCAGCACACAUGUCGAAAAAAGUGAAAUAAGGAUCACAGCAUAAAAGUAGUGAAAUCAACUGGGGCUUUAUUAGAAAUGCCAUUAUAUGACUUUACUUGACCUGCAAUUCUAUUAUAACGGUAUGGAACGGUUGUGGAUUCCAGCCUGAGAAUCUAUGAGAAUUGAUGUUGGAUUCUAAAGCAUCAACAGGUGUGUGGUGGAACAGUGCAGGGAGAUAGAAGGAAGGCUGAAGUGUGGAGGAUCCUCAGUUCAAACCUGCUCCCUCAGAAGGAGGGUUUGGUUGCAGUCAGGGCUUCAAACUGUAAACUUUGAGGUUUGUUUUGAGGUUUAGUAAACAAUCCCAAGGUCUAAUAUGAGAAACGGACACAAUGAGGCAUGUGCUUGAAUAGCACAAGGGAACAACUGAAGGGCUGCAGGCUCCAACCUGCUGUCUGAGGUUGUGGGUUCAAGCCCCUUCAUGCAGACAUCGCUUCUGCUUUGAAAGAGUUUUGAGGUUUGAGUAGCAGUCUCAAGGUUAAAUACGAGAAACAGAGGGUUCGUUAGUGUGUGGUGAAUUAGCACAGUGGAAGAGCUGCUGCCACAAGCCUACACUGCAUUUGAAGGUUGUGGGUUCAAGCCCAGUCUUGGGUUUGAGCCUUUGGCUUUACUUCAGGUUUGAGUAGCAAUCUCAAGGUUAAAUACGAGAAACAGAGGGUUCGUUAGUGUGUGGUGAAUUAGCACAGUGGAAGAGCUGCUGCCACAAGCCUACACUGCAUUUGAAGGUUGUGGGUUCAAGCCCAGUCUUGGGUUUGAGCCUUUGGCUUUACUUCAGGUUUGAGUAGCAAUCUCAAGGUUAAAUACAACAAACAAAGGGCUGCUUAGUGUGUGUUGAAGUAGCACAGUGGAAGAGCUGCUGGCACAAGCCUGCACUGCAUUUGAAGGUUGUGGGUUCAAGCCCAGUCUUGGGUUUGAGCCUUUGGCUUUACUUCAGGUUUGAGUAGCAAUCUCAAGGUUAAAUACAACAAACAAAGGGUCAGUUAGUGUGUGGUGAAGUAGCACAGCGGAAGAGUUGCUGACAUAAGCCCUUGCACUGCACUUGAAGGUUGUGAGUUCAAGCCCCGAUGUGGAAAUAGCAUUUAAAAAGAGUUUUGAGGUUUAGCUCACAUGGUCAAGGUUAAAUAGGAGAAUCAAAGUUGCCAAAAUGUGACCAGGACUGGUAGUGUAGGGGUGAGUGCAGGGUGCCAAAAGCCUCUGUGCGCACCGCCAGUGGGUUCAAAUCCCACCCGCCAAGUCUUGAGCGCACUACCGCGGAGGUAGUAGUGGGGGCAUUGUCCCCACUGGUUGUUUCAGAGAAGUGAACCCUGGGGGUUAUGCAGAAACACAAGGCGCGGUCACUUGAGUUAUGAUGGCAUUGUCAAGAAUGAUGAAGAAUCUUUUGAAUGGUGAAUUGAAUUUGAUGUUAAUUGCUUUGCUUUAGCUUUUUAGCACUUAUUAGCCAUGCUACGUAGCCUAUAGGGUUCCACCUUUUUGACGGGAGAGAAGGCCGGAUGAGUCAGUAAAGAUGAGCAGAUGUGUCUCAUUCAGUGGUCACACUGACAUGAAACUUAUUACAGCCUCUGAGGGCAUUUUUCAAGACAAUCACAUGUUUGUCUACUUCAGGGCAUCCUGUGGACAACCUUAAACUGACAGUCUGGCACAGGGUGUAGAUUUCUUUACCCUUGUUAGUGUUAGUAAGGUUUUAAGUACAGAAAUUUGGGGCAUUUGGCAUUAGUGACAGGGACGUGUAGGUUGCUCCAUCUAAGAUCAUUCCAGUCAUGUCAUGGGAAAAAAAUAUUGUGAAAAAAGUCAGAAUAUGUAGGGUCAAAAUAUAAUAUAUAUAAUAUAAUAUAUAUAUUAUUAGGGCCGGGACUCGAUUAAAAAUAUUAAUCUAAUUAGAGGCUUUGUAAUUAAUGAAUUGAAAUUAAUUGCAUAAAUAUUUGACCUGAGAACAGUGAAGUAAUUUUAUUCACAUGGAUUUUUAUUUUUGUUCAACCAAUUCCAGCAGACAGGUGUAGAAAUAGCAUAUUUAGAAAUAUAGUACUUUCAGAAAUUCAGGUAGCCUAUACGUAAGUAGACCUUCUGUAAACUAGGUUUUUUUAAGUAGACCAAUACUUUCAAGUACAUUCAGAACAUUGGUUAUUUUUUCAGACGUGGACUUAGUUACCCUGGUCCUUAAACCAGUCAUCUGGUGCAGUGUGGGUUGGGUGUGGGUCCUUGUACGUCCACGCUAGCUGCUAAUUGUGUUGCGUUGAGGUGAUACUUGAGGCUCGAUGUGAAUUCCUUGUUGCACAGCUUGCACACAACCACGCUCUUAUCGACGCUUCCAUCCGUGUGUUUAUUAUAAGAAGAUUUCCCAUUCACGGGGCCACCCGACACGGUCUCGUCAGCUUCUUCGUUCAUGUUCACUGUGGUUUGUUGUUGUCUGAAGUCAUGGACGCUAGUUGGUGCUCCGGUAUAAUCGGUCCCCCCGAAACUCAUCCAGUGAGAAACGUUCCGCGGUGCAAAAAAUAAGUGUAAAAAUGCGUAAAAAAUGUUUAAUGUGUUAUUGUGUAAUUAAUUAAUCUUAAUUCACAUUGUAAUUAAUUAAUCGUAAUUAACGCGCUAAAGUCCCGGCCCUAAUUUUAAUCUCACGGUACCAGCCCUCCUUCAUCUGUGUUUGUACAUUUCUGUAUAUAUUGGUGCUUCGUGGUGUAUAUAGUCUUGCUUUUCAGGAUCAUCAUUGUUUAUGUGCCGCAGUGGCAUUAGGUCAAGCACUGGUGUCGCAGAGCCCAUAGAACUACAUUUCUCCAAUCUAACUCGAGCACUACAGCCAAAGCUAUCAAUGCAUUUAACAUGAAUCUUUGUAUAUGCAAAAGGCCGACCACGAAACAGAGGAAGCGCUGCACGCCUCCCCUGACCCUUGUUCUCCUGCUGUGUGCAGUGUGUAACAAGAUGUAAUCUGUCGCCUGUGUUGCACCGUGUUUUAUGUUUUUAUCUGUAUUUUGCGGUUGUAGCACUUCUUCUGCUUUUGCACUUGACAAAGUUGAAUAAAACGUUUGACAGCUAAG